CCCUCCUUUUAUGUUUCAACUUACUGCUCAUUUUUCUUGUGAAAUCAAAGAAGAAAUUAAGCUACAGAAGAAGAAUCUAGAAAUUAAUUAACCACAAACCAUGUCUUACUACCCAAAAGGUCACCGCGACAAUGACGAUGUCCCUGAAUUCGAUGAGUAUGAUCACACUCCCUAUGGUGGCGGUUACGAUAUUUCCUUGACAUACGGCCGCCCAAUUCCGCCUUCAGAGGAGACUUGCUAUCCUCCGACGUCUUCCGCCUCCGCCGACUUUGACUACGAUCGUCCCCAUUACUCUUCCUCUGCAGAGCCAUCUGCCUAUGCUGAUGAAGCUCUUGAUAAUGAGUACCAAAGCUAUUCCAAGCCCAAGACCAAGCCUCGUCCCUCGCGUUCCCGCCCAUCUAAGGAAGAGGAUGAUGAAGAUGAGAAGCCUCAGCGCAAGCCCGGGAUGAAUCGUCCUAGCGAUGGUGGGAGUGGAAUUGAAUCUGAUGAAACCGGGUAUGGAAGCCGGACUGAGUACGAGAAACCCAAAAAGGGAUAUGGACGGAAGAGCGACGAGGAUGAGGAGCUCAAAUCCGAAUAUGGAUCUGGAUACGGUCGAAAGAGUGAGCCCGAUUCAGAAUAUGGAUCAGGUUAUGGGCGGAAGAGUGAAUACGAGAAGCCAAGUUCCGAUUACGGAUCUGCUGGGAAUGGGAGGAAGAGUAAAUAUGAUGAAGAACCCACAUCUGAGUAUGGAUCAGGUUAUGGAAGGAAAAGCGAGUAUGAGGAGAAAAGUUCUGAAUACGGGUCUGGCUAUGGAGGAAAAACUGUGUCUGACGAGUAUGGAUCAAGGCACGGAAAGAAAAGCGAGUACGAGGAGAAAAGCUCAGAAUACGAGUCUGGUUAUGGACGAAAGACUGACUCUAAUGAAUAUGGAUCAGGGUAUACAAGGAAAAGUGAGUAUGAAGAGAAAAGUUCAGAAUAUGGCUCUGGUUAUGGACGAAAAACUGAUUCUGAUGAGUACGGAUCAGGAUAUGGAAAAAAAAAUGAGUACGAAGAGAAAAGCUCGGAAUAUGGAUCUGGUUAUGAACGAAAGACGAACUCUGAUGAGUAUGUGUCUACCGGAUAUGGGAGUAAACCUGCAUCCGGAUAUGGAAAGAAAAGUGAAUACGAGGAGAAGAGUUCGGAAUACGGGUCUGGUUACGGACGAAAGACCGAUUCUGAUGAAAAUGAAUCUGGUGGAUAUAGGAGUAAACCUGGAUCCGGGUAUAGAAGAAAAAGUGAUGAUGAGGAGGAGAAAAACUCAGAAUACGGGUCGGCUUAUGGGCGAAAGACCGACUCUGAUGAAUAUGGAUUUGGUGGAAACGGGAAGAAGAAAAACUACGGGGAGGAAGAGGAGAGUGGGUAUGGUUAUGGAGGUAAAUCAACAAAUUAUGGCCGUUCAAGCUACGAGACGACAGAGAGCGAAGGGUACGGGAGGUCAACAAUUGAGAGGCCUAGUUAUGGAAGGUCCGAGGAAGAGGACUACAAGAAGCCUAGUUAUGGGAGGCGUGACGAGGAUGAUGAAGAUUAUGGUCGCAAGAAAUAUGGUGAUGACGACGAUGAGGAUGACGAGGAGAAGAAACAUCGCAAUAAGCAGCGCCACCAUCGCAAACACUCCGAUGAUUGAGUAGACUGCUUCUGUCACCUGCUCCAUAUUCAUCCCUUAUUACAAGUUAUAGUAAAUAAGUUGGCAUCGAUCUCUUCGAUCCUACUGUUUGUUCCAUUGCAAACACUGAUGAUUAAGUAGAGUGCUUUUCAAGAUUCAUGCCAUUUUACUAGUUAUUAGUCAAUAAAAAUUAUCUAUGUAUUCAGUGUUUUGUAUGUUGAAACAAGGAAAUGUUGGUAGUUAUCUGUAUUAGGUAUUAUGCUUCUCUUCUCUCUACUAUAAUAAAAUUCCAGA